GGGGGGGGGGGGGAGAGAAACCGAUUGGUAUUAAACCGAGGGCAAAAUAAACGCGUGAAAAUAAGAGGGUAACACGUUUUCUAAAGGAAGAAAAGGGACGAGAAAAAAAAAAAAAAAGGAAAAAGAAAUAGUUAAAAAGAGAAAAAAGAAAGAAAGAAAGAAGGAUGCUUCUCUAUUUUUUGACGGGCAGGCACUCGCCCAGCGAGCAAGCAAGAAGUGUGGAUUGGACAACGUUCUGUGAUUCUUGAACAUUAUCGGCGUAUACGGACGGAUGACUCUCUGUCCGUCGGUUAUCGUUAGCGAUUUUAGGAAAAAUUUUCUCUAUCGAAAUUCGUUUUUUCUAAAAGAAAAGGGGACGAUUAGGGUUGCAAGCAAACGAGGCCGCAUAGGCUAGGGCAGAUAUCGUUGCCAACGCGACUGUAGGAAACAAAAUGAAAGAAAGGUGUCGAUUCACGUGUUGUUUUUUUUUCCGUUUUUUUUUUUCUUUUUCUUUUUUUUUUUUUUUCUUCGAGGGAGACGGCAGGACAGAGAACGAGAAGUCCAAUUGGCGCGGAAUUAAAGACGCGGCCACCGGUGGGUGGCGGUGUAUCGGCUUUCUCGAAAUCGCUCGUCAAGUACAAGGCGAAAUACAUUCGCACGCGUUAGUAAGAGUAACGAUCCUCGGUACAUUUACGCUCUACGUACGUAUUUCAACACCUGUCCCUACCUAUCCACGUUUCAGUAACUCUGUUUUCGUUCGAGCGGCAUAUCUCUCACCACCCCCGCCCCGUAGAAUUAAGAGACGUUUUGUACGCGGGCCGAGGCGCGGCCGGAACGGUCCAUCCCCGCGCGAUCUCUCCGCGAGAGAGAGAGAGAGAGAGAGAGAGAGAGAGAGAAAGAGACACACAAAAACACACACACACACACACACAACACACACUCCGGGUUUCGUGAGACACCGAUCAAUGGAGGAACGACAGAUCUCGGAGGACGGGCGCGAGAAAACGAUGAUGCAUUCCCAACCGAUCGCUCUGGACCGGCACGGUUGCCCUCGCCUCUUAUUAGAACGUAACACUAAUCGCGUAAGCUCGAGCAGAAAGAUCGUACGCAAAGCUGACGGAACACGAAUACGCUACACACACACACGCAUACACUUUGGAUACAUCGCGAGGCACGUACACACACGCGAAAGCAUACGAAGACACGAGAGGAAAACACACGCGACACGUGCAUACAUACAUACAUACAUACAUACAUACAUACAUACACACACACACAGAGAGACGCAGACAGACAGACAGACAGACAGACAGACGCGCGCGCGCGUCAGUGCAUAUACGAGUUUCGUAACGAAGUAUACAGUCUUAGCGCAGUGUUUCAUAUAGUUAGGUAGGAAACGUCAAGAGAAUAUUUUUUAUAUUCCACAUGGAUUUUACAGUUAUAUAUUAUCGUUUCGUAUCGAAAGGGAGGAGUUUAAGAGAAAAAAAAAAGAAAAAAAAAAAGAAGAAGAAGAAGUAGAAGAAGAAGAAGAGGAAGAAGAGGAGG